CCACGCCCUCCGGUUUCGACGGUUUGAGCGGCUGCUAUUAACGGCAAGGGCCGUUCCGCCCCGGCGCCACCCGCCUCUCUCCGAGCCCCCGCCGCCCGCCGGGGUGGGCUUGCCGUGGACGACGGCCGGCAGGCGUCCAACGCGGGGAAAUCUGAAUCUUCUGUUGGAUCCCCCAUCAUCAUCAGGAGGAACAUAGGCUUCCUGGUCCUGCACAAGAGUCCAGGAAUCCGGACAUCCUGACGGAUUUGCUCGAACCAAUGGGAUGCUGCGGCAGCAACCCUGUAGAUGAGGAGGAACACCUAGAUUACAGCUCUGGGAAUGUGACUCUUAUAACCGAUCUAAAGAGUUGGGAGAAGAAAGUGGAAGAUGCAGCUGACGCCAAUAAAACACUUGUUGUAAAAUUCAGCGCAGUAUGGUGUGGCCCGUGUAGGAUCGCUGCUCCUACGUACGCCGAACUUUCUUUGAAGCAUUCCGAUCUUGUUUUCGUGUCUGUGGACGUGGACGAACUACCGGAACUGGUCACGCAAUUCGACGUACGUGCCACGCCGACAUUCAUCUUCUUGAGAGAUAAGGAGGAGAUCGACAAGCUGGUGGGGGGGAACCAGGCCGAUCUUCAGCAGAAGUUCGAACCAUACUGCCGGCCAGGUGACGACGUCAUGAGUAAACAGUCUUUCGAGGACAAAACCUGAUGUUCCUGCCUGGCAGUCAAUAGAGCUUCAGUAUGAGCACGGCCUCCAUUGUCUGGGAGCAUCAGCAAGAGCCUGCUCGGCGGCAUACGUAGGUUCGAGAAACUGACCAGCAGAAGUAGGAUUUCUUGGUAGCGUCCACACUCGAUCAGCAGUAAAUUAAGUUAGCCCAGCAUCUGUAACUUUGCACCACACACGCUGUCCAUAUGAACUCGCACAAAAACAAUGUACUGAUUGAUUGACACCA